UGACAUAAAAAUGAUUGCUGCGAGGAAUUUUAUUUUUAAUCUCGUAAAAUUCGAUAGGUUGAAAAGUACGAAAUGUAUUCGUCGUUACAGCCAAGGGAAAUGUCCCGAAGAAGAAACUCCACCUUGUGUACCUUUCAAUCCGUGCGCACCGGCGUACCCUGUCAACUUCUGCAAGCCGAGGACAAAGUACGACGUUACCUUUGUAUAUAUCAAUGAUGUUCCGCCGAAAUCCGGCGGCAAGGAUAUAGUAGACCGCGCUAGUCAAAUUGUAUUCUGGACAGAACUCGCACGAGGCUUCGCAGUUACAUUGGGUCAUAUGUUUAAGGAGCCAGCAACAAUUAACUAUCCUUUCGAGAAAGGGCCGAUAUCACCUCGUUACCGCGGCGAGCAUGCAUUGAGAAGGUAUCCUACUGGUGAAGAAAGAUGCAUUGCUUGCAAGCUAUGUGAAGCUGUUUGUCCAGCACAAGCUAUUACAAUAGACGCAGAAGAACGUGACGAUGGCUCCCGUAGAGCUAUACGAUACGAUAUCGAUCUAACUAAAUGCAUCUUCUGUGGUUACUGCCAAGAAGCUUGUCCCGUUGACGCUAUCGUUGAAGGACCAAACUUUGAAUAUUCUACAGAAACGCACGAAGAAUUAAUUUACAACAAAGAGAAGUUGUUGGGAAAUGGAGAUCGCUGGGAGCCUGAAAUAGCGAGUAGUAUUAGAGAUACCCAUCUGUAUCGCUAA